UAAAGGCCCCAAGUCCCAAAUUCCAGCCCCGACAGAGGAACAGCAAGAAAGAAGAAAGAGAGAGAGAAAGCAAUGGAAGCACCAAAGACAAUAGCGCACGAAAUCGGAGGUGUCCAAAACGAUGCGCUUCGUUUUGGACUACAAGGUGUCAAGAGUGAGAUUGUUGAAUCUCAUCCCCUCCAAUCUGCUUAUCAAUCUGCAAGAACGACGCAGGAGGAGAUGAAGAGAAGAGUCCUCGCGAACACGUACGGCUCCGCUUUUCCAAUGAAGAUGGACCUCGAUCGACAAAUUCUUUCUAGAUUUCAGAGGCCGCCAGGAGUUAUACCAUCUUCCAUGCUAGGGUUGGAGGCUUUGACAGGAGGUCUGGAAGACUUCGGUUUUGAAGAUUAUCUCAAUGACCCACGCGACUCUGAAACUUUACUUCCAGUGGACACGCAUCACGGAAUGGAAGUUCGUCUUGGACUUUCCAAGGGACCGGUCUGCCCCAGUUUUAUAUGAAGCCUUUCGUUAAUGCUUCAGAAAUGCUUAUUGCGUUGAUGCUUCACGAAAAAAAUUAUUUUUCAUUCUCUGUAUUUGCUGUAAUGUUGGUUCAGUUUUAAUGUAGUAAAUGGAGUGAAAAUGAUCACCUUGCCGCGCUGUUCUCCAAAAUUCUUAAAUAUCUAAUUAUACCCUUCAAAUGAUUCUACUUGGGAGUUUUUCAUUAUCAUCGAUUCAUCAUCCUUGCCUUCAUCCGAUCAUCCGAAUGGGGUCGGGAUGCCGAAUUUCUGUCUUUUUUUCAUUUUUUAUUUAUGAAUUCGUGUUGGACGCUAAUGGAAUCCAGAUAUUUUGAUCCUGUCAACAA